AUUUUUGAUUUACGAUAAUGGCGACCAUGAACGUCCACAUUCCAAGUUAUACCCGUCGAUAUCAAAAACGUAAAGAACGUAUCGACUAUUAUCUAAAUAAUGAUCCAAAUGGUUUUCGACAAUUAAUGCAACAGUUAGCUUGUGGUUAUACAGGAUUUAUGUUUCCAUUGGAAAGAACAGAUUCAAAAAAAUUUCAUCGUUAUCGUCGAUUCGAAUUGGCUACAUUCGAACAACGAGAACAAAUGAUUGAUAAAAUUUAUGCAUCUAUGCGUAGGAGUAAAAUGGCAAUGUUACGUGCAAAACGAAUGUGGCAACAAUUGCUAAGACAAUUAAAACGUGAAAGGAUCGCAACGACAAUCGCUCCAGGUUCAAUUGAUCUUCGAAUUGAAACCAAAGAACAUAUGUUCCAAAUUCAAUUGACAACUUUCUUACAGCAACAUAAUUCACUUCGUACGAUUGAUGAUAUGUUGACACAAUUGUUAUCUAAUCGAUCCAUGUUCGAUGCUCUUUACAACAUUAAUGAUGAAUUUAAACGAUGGACAAAUCAACUGGCUGAACGGAACAGUAAACAGCGACAAGAUGGUGAAAAAUUAUUUAAGCUGGUGGACGAUGAGAAUGAUCUACAAAUCCGAUUUAAAUUAUUAACCAAGUUGAUACGUAUAGGUGAUGAUGAACAGGUUGUACAGGCAUAUUGGCAACGAAUGCUUGUAUGCAUGCAAGCAUCCAAAUAUCUAACAGCUGCACAUGAUUUGGACAUAUUAUUAUCUCAGGUUUGUCAACAAAAAUCUGAGCAUAGCAUUAGUUCAUUAUCCACAGUUAACGCUUCUGCGGAUGUUCGUUUAUCACAACAAUUAUUCUACUAUGCGGUCAAAUGUUACUAUCGUCUGUUGACCAAUCCAUCAUAUCAAUCAUUGGGCUCAUUGAAACGUGAAAAUCACUUACAACGCUAUCAACAAUUGAUCCGAGAAUUACAACUGCUAGCUUAUUUUGAUUAUUCACCUAACAGUGAACAACAGCGAGGAUCAUCCAGUCAAAUAAUCGAAUUCAUGCGCGGAUCAAAUGCCAAUUCAAUUUUAUUUCGGUCAUAUGGAUCAGUUUUAAGACGAUUGAAAAGAGAAGGUUUACCCAUUGAUUCAGAAGACGUGAUUAAAAAGCUUAGAAAUCAACAGAUUAUUCAAGGAAUUCCAGGCCAAAAGCAACCAUCAAUGGAUGAUGAUUUGGUAAGCAUAUCAAUGGAUACAGCUAAGGCGCAUCAAGAAUUUGCAUAUUCAGAUAUAUUCGCAGCUGCUCACUUUAACAGUAUGGAUGGUCGUUAUCUAUGUGCAUCACGGCCAAUACAAAAAGGAGAAACCAUUUUCUAUGAAAAAAUUGUUGCCUUUUCGGUGAAACGAAUGUAUUGGAAAAAGUAUUGUGCCUAUUGUAGGCGCCGAUUAUCACAUCAUUUUAUACCAUGUUCCAUGUGUUCAGAAUCUGUUUUCUGUAAUGUAGUCUGUGAGCGUAUGGCCGCGGCCACUAGCCAUCCCAGAACUUGUACACUAUCUACAUCGAUCAUCUAUGAACAUUUUAACAAUGAUCAUAUUGUUGCAUUAGUGUAUGAUUUGUUUGCAUCGUUGCCCAUACGAUUGAUUAUUGACGCUUCACGUGUGGAUGUAAUAAGAGCCUAUGAUCAUGGUUUAAGAUAUCCUGUCAAACUUCCUUUCAUGAUGACUGUGUUCACCCAAUUGAUGCUUGAUUUACCCUAUUCAACUAUCGGUCAAAUAGAUUUGCAACUGCCCGAAGCUGAUGAUUGUCGAAAAAUGCUUUUUGAUUCAAUCCGAUUGGCUAUGAUCAUAGCACAUAAAUUCCGACUUUCUAGACUAGAUAUGGAAGCAAUCCGUUCUGUUAAUGAGGAAAACAAUCAAUCAGAAAAACAUCCUGUUGAAAUGGAUGAUCUAAUACGAUUGAUACGGAUCGUAUUCGCUACCAUGUACCGAUUUAAACAUUCGCCAAUCGGUCAUCAUGACCUAAUCAAACAAUCCAUGAUGACUACUGCACAUAACAAUCCACAUCAUUAUCGACGUAAUGUCGUAUAUCAAGAAAAUGUCGGCCGAGCACUGGGAGCAUUUAGUGCCCGUCUGCAAACCGUAUGUCCAACCGAAGCGAAUGUUGAACGUCAUUAUUGCCGUUAUGGUAAGAUUAUUUACAAAGCAUCAACCAGAAUUGGAGCAGGCGAUACAUUACGUAUAUCGAACCAAAUACCAGAAUGUAGUGGCCAACAACGUCUAAGAUGGUUACGGCGUUUCAAUCUUAAGCCAUGCAAUCAAUGUCAAUUGUGUUUAACAAUUGCCAAAUCCAAUGAAUAA